AAGAGAUUGAGUUGUUGUUUCUCCGUUCUGUCAAACAGACUCUCUUCUCUCUCGAAAAAAAAAAAAAAAAAAAAAAAAAACAAUGAUCAGUGAAGAAUGAUUUUAAAAAAGAUUUCUGAGAUGCUUGUUUCUGAACAGACAGCAGAUCUUCAUGAUUCUCAAGGUGAUUCAUUUUUGAAACCAUCGUUCAGAAAGUGAAAGUAAAUAUCACUGGAGCUCAAACAGUGAAAAUGGAUUCACUAAAUGUAUCUGCAGAAGAGCUUUCUUGUCCCGUGUGCUGUGAAAUCUUCAAGGAUCCUGUUGUUUUAUCAUGUAGUCACAGUUUCUGUAAAGAGUGUCUUCAAAAGUUCUGGAGAACCAAGGAAACUCAGGAGUGUCCUGUCUGCAGGAGAAGAUCCUCAAAACGUUACCCUCCAUGUAAUCUUGUGCUGAAAAACUUGUGUGAGUCAUUAUUGAAAGAGAGCAAUAAGAGGCAAUCUGAGGAGAUCUGCAGCUUACACAGUGAGAAACUCAAACUCUUCUGUCUGGAGGACAAACAGCCUGUGUGUUUAGUGUGCAGAGAUUCACAGAAACACGCCAAUCACACAUUCAGACCCGUCAGUGAAGCUGUUCAGUCACGUAAGGAGGAGCUCAAUACAGCACUGAAGUCCUUACAAGAUAAAUGUAAACACAAUGAAAACAUGAAAGAAGAGUUUGAGAAAACAAUUCAACACAUCAUGUCUCAAGCUGAGCACACAGAGCAUCAGAUUAAACAGCAGUUUGAGAAGCUUCAUCAGUUUCUCAGAGAUGAAGAAGAAGCUACAAUCACUGCACUAAGGGAGGAAGAAGAGCAGAAGAAGCAGAUGAUGAAGGAGAAGCUGGAGGAGAUCAACAGACACAUCUCAGCUCUUUCACACACAAUCAAAGACAUGGAAGAGAUGAUGAAAGACAAUGGCAUCUGCUUUCUAAAGAAGUUUCCAGUCUCAAUGGAAAGAGUCCAGAUCUCACAGCCGGAUCCACAGACGCCUUCUGGAGCUUUGAUUCGUGUGCCACAUUACUUGGGCAACCUGCCAGUCAAAGUCUCCAAGAGGAUGCAGGACAUUUUCCAAAACACUCCUGUGAUUCUGGAUCCAAACACUGCAAAUCCACGUCUCGUCAUGUCUGAUGAUCUGACCAGUGUGAGAAACAGCAAGAUAAAUCAACCUGUUCCUAAUAAUCCAGAGAGAUUUGACUGGCAUUCUUGUGUUUUGGGUUCAGAGGGUUUUACCUCAGGAACACACUGCUGGGAUGUGGAGGUUAAAGAGAGUCAGUACUGGACUCUUGGAGUAACCACAGCGUCAAACCAAAGGAAGGGACUUGAUUGUUUUAACACUGAUGUCUGGAGUGUGUCGUAUAAGAAUUCUCUACUUGCCUUUAUGCCAAUUUGCCAACCCUGUUCUGGUUUUCAGGUUAAACAGUAUCUUGAGCGUGUGAGAGUGAAUCUGGACUAUGACAGAGGAACGGUGUCAUUCUCUGAUCCUGUAACUAACACACAUCUACACACAUUCACAACCACCUUCACUGACACGGUCUUUCCAUUCUUCUAUUGUUCUUCCUCUCUGAGGAUCUUACCAUUCAGUAGUCAGUAAUGGUUACAGCUGUACACUGUUAAAAAAAAAAAAAACGGUAA